CGCGGCAACACUGCGAUUAUUGUUGUGAACGGUUCCAGAAUCAGAUCCUUUGAAAGCGUUAAUUUUAAUUCCGAAAGAAUAUGAUGCAAAUGAGCGAAUACAAGGUGGUGCCGCAGAACGCGCCGCAGGACGAUACCGUUAUUCGUCAGCCGCAAUCAGUGACACCCGGAAACGCCAAUGGAGUUGACAAUUGGAUGUCGAUACCCGUGGGCAUGCCCAACUGCCCCCAGGGCCUCGAAUACCUGACCGCCCUGGACCAGCUGCUUGUGGCGCAGAAGGUCGAAGCUUUAGAGGCAAUCACCGGCUUCGAGACGAAAAACCGCUUCAAGGUAAAGAACUCGCUGGGACAGAACGUCUACUUCGCCUAUGAGGAGAGCGACUGCUGCUCCCGGAACGUGCUCGGCGGCAGUCGUCCCUUCGAGAUCAAGAUUCUGGACAACUUUCAAAACGAGGUGCUCCACCUGAACCGGCCGUUUAGGUGCAGUCUAUUCUGCUGCUUCCCCAGUUGUAUGCACACUGUAGAGGUGUCGGCUCCGCCGGGCCAGGUGAUCGGAAGCGUGGAGCAGGUCUGCAGCUUCUUGCGACCCCAGUUUAACAUCAAGAACACCUUCGGCGACACCGUCCUGCGAAUUGAGGGACCCAUCUGCCCAUGGAAGUGCUUUAGCGAUUCCAACUUCAAGGUAUUGAGCGCCAAUAACGAGGAGAUCGGCAAAAUAAGCAAACAAUGGUCUGGACUGGGUAGGGAGAUGUUCACCGAUGCGGACUACUUUAGCAUCACCUUCCCCCUGAAUCUAGAUGUUCGCAUGAAAGCACUCGUAUUUGCAGCGCUCUUUUUGAUUGACUCACUGUUCUUCGAGCAAUAAGCUUGACAAGGGAUCGAAUGAACAAACACCCAGACAUUAUUAAUGCCGACUGCUUUUUUCAACGAAUUGCUUCGUUGUAGCCUUAAGAAUUUUUUAACCCUUUAUUUGAUUAACAUUUCCGGGAAUCUGAACAAUGCAACGCUUUGAUCAACUUAGAAUCUCUGCAGCAAAGGAAUCUGCCCGCACAAUUUUGAACUGCAAUGGAGUUGCACCUUCGUUUAUAUGAGCCUGGGUUUUUGGCAUUUAAAACGCACAACAACGUAGCACACAACUGAAUUCUGACUAAUGUGUACACACGGAAAACAGACGAGAACGAGUGCCUUAUGACGUCCUAGUUAAUAUUGUCGUCGCCCCGCCCCGUUUCCACGAUUUUUAUACCUCGACAUAAUUAGCUUUGUUUUACCCAAAGAUCGGAGCACAGGACUACUUAACUGCAACCAUGGCGUACCUUACUAAUUUACUAUUACCUAUUACAUUAUACAUACAUAUAUUUUUGUAUGAAACUAAUCGCAAUCGAAUUGUUAUCCAUUAUUGUGGCCACAAUCGGCAAUUUGAUACUGCUGGUCGAUUUCUUGUGGCGCCCCAUGAUUAGCAUCACUUAUACAUGUACUUCAUCAAUUUAUUUAUCUCUCAGUUAUGCUGUAAAAUAAACAAACUAUAUUUUAUACAA